AUGGGGCGCAGACAAGGAGAGAAAAUUUACGUGACGGCGAAGGAGUGGGCGACAGAGGGUGGCGGCAGGGCCGCGAAUACGCCACAGAGAAAGGGUCUGUUCAAGCCGCUGCCCUAUUACUGUUGUGGUAUCUCCCUCCAGCCCUUCGAAACCCCCGUGACCACCGCGCCCGAGGGCACCGUCUUCGACAUCCUCAACAUCAUGCCCUACAUCAAGAAGUUCGGGAAGCACCCCAUCACAGGCCGCCCGAUCACGGCCAAGGACCUCAUCCGGCUCACCUUCCACAAGAAUCCCCAGGGCGAAUACAUGUGCCCCAUCACCUACAAGGCCUUCACCGAUCACUCGCACAUCGUGUUCAUCCGCACGUCGGGCCAGGUCUACUCGAUGGAAGCCGUGGAGCAGAUGAACAUCAAGAUCAAGUCCUGGAACGAUCUUAUCACGGGCGACCCGUUCACCCGCAAAGACAUCAUCAGCAUUCAGGACCCGAACGACAUGCAGAAGCGUAACAUCUCCGAAUUCCACUACGUGAAGGAGGGGCUCUCCCUCAAGGAGGAAGAGGAGGAAGACGCCUCUAAGAACAUCAACGCCGUCGGCACCACCCAGAAGGUCCUCGCCGAGCUGGCCAGCAAGAGCGGUAAGAAGGCACAAGAGACACCUGCGCCCAAGAAACGAAAGGUGGAGCCCACGACCACAUCCACGACCACGGCGGCCACUGCGACCCCGAAGCCGGCCGCUACGGCAGCGCCCGAAGCGAAGAAGUCGGGCGCGUCCUCGGCCUCCUUCACCUGCGCUGGCUUUGUCCAGAAGGCCACCGAAGACGACAUCCCCAUCAAGAAGACCAAGAAGAAGGGCUACGUGCGGUUACACACGAAUCUCGGCGACCUCAACAUCGAACUCCACUGCGACCAGGUGCCUCUCAUGUGCGAAAACUUCCUUCUCUUGGCCGAGAGGGGGUUCUUCGACAAUACCACCUUCCACCGGCUCAUCCCCGGCUUCAUGAUCCAAGGCGGUGACCCUACGGCCUCCGGAACUGGCGGCAAGUCGGCGUGGGGGAAGCCGCUCAAGGACGAAAUCGCACACACGCUCCGGCACAGCGGGCGCGGCAUUCUCAGUAUGGCCAACGCCGGACCCGGAACCAACACCUCGCAAUUCUUCAUCUUGUUCAAGCCGGCCCAUCAUCUGGACAACAAGCACAGCGUGUUCGGACGGGUCGUGGGCGGCAUGGAGGUCCUCGACCUCAUGGAGACAGUGCAGACCGACCCCAAGGACAAGCCUAGGAGUGACAUCGUGAUCAAGAAGGUGAGCAUCUUCGUGAACCCGUUCGACGCCGAACUCCUCGAGGAAGAAGUCAAGCAGGAGGCCGAAAAGGAAGCCAAGGACGCCAAGGAGAAGGCCGAUAUGGAGGAGUUUGGGCACUGGUACAGCAACCCCACGGGCGAAUCGAAGCAGGCCGUGUUCAGGCAGGGUGUGGGCAAGUACAUCCAUACCGCGACGCUGGCGCCGUAUUCGGCCAAGCCCAGCCGGGGGCUCGGUCUGCCGGCCCCUGGCGCGGCCUCUGGCGCGCCUUCAACCGGUGGAGCCGCUGCCCUUGGCCUGAGCCUCCCGCAAGUGGGCAGUAAGCGAAAGUCUGCCGAGGGAAGCGGACGGUUUGACUUCAGCAAGUGGUGA